AUGUGCUACUUCCACUUGCCGCAGAAGUCGCAUGGACAGUCGCGGAAUCAUGGCUAUGCUUUCAUCGGCUUCCUCACGCCUGAGGUUGCCGGUCGAUUCCGAGAUGCUAUGACGGGUAAGGCGGGCAAGGUUGACGAUGCUUGGUCUACCGUGCGGCGGGAAGACCUGGAGGAGGCUGGGCCGGAGAAGCGCGGAGCGGUUGUCUCCGUGCCCUCCGCCAGAUCCUCUAAGCAGGGCUCCGGCGUUGUCAGAAAGGAGCCUCCCCCGCUUCGCAUCUGGAAAUGGGAGCUCGGGAACCAGACCUUGUCUGAACAUGAAGGUUUCGAGAACGACCCGGACAUCUACAACGUCAUCGGCCGUAUUAGCCUGUGA